AUGCUUGUCAGACGACAUGUGCCGCGCCUCGAGUCGACGUUGAGGGCCCGCACCUACGCCCACGUUCCCCCUCACGCCCACGCCCACGCCCACGCCCACGCCCGCGCCCACGCCUACGCUUUACGCCCGCUGCUGGCCUCGCAAUGCACACGCCCGCGCUUCUCGUCCACCUCGACUGCCCACCCUGAGCGCAUUGCCGUGCUGGGCGGCGGCAUUGCAGGCCUCUCCAGCGCCUACUUUGCGUCCAAGGAGUUCCCCAACAGCAACAUCACCGUCUACGAAAGCGGACCAGACACGGGCGGCUGGAUCAGGUCCAAGAAGGUCGAGGUGCCCGGCGGCCAUGUGCUAUUCGAGUCGGGGCCGCGAACACUGCGCAAUGCCACACCCACGGCGCAUCUGAUGCAAGAGCUGGGCCUCAUCGACGACAUGAUAUUCACCAAACGCACAGAGGCCGGCGCCAAGAACCGCUUCAUCUACUACCCGGAUCGCCUUAACCGCCUGCCCUCAGAAGCUCCCGGCAUUGGCGAGCUCUUCUCGCUAUGGCGCAGCGGCAUCCUCGACGGCUCCCUGGGCAUGGUCAAGGAGCCUCUGCAGCCCAAGCGCUCCGUCUCUCUCAGCGACGAGACGGUUGGCUCGUUCCUCGAACGUCGCAUCGACAAGAGGAUCGCCAACAACAUCAUAUCCGCUGUCUUCCACGGCAUCUACGCCGGCGACAUCUGGCAGCUCAGCGCAAAGACGCUGCUCUCCAUGGCCUGGCAGCUCGAGGGCAAGUACGGCACCGCGCUGGGUGGCUUCUUCCGCAUGCAGUCCGAGCAGCAAAACUCGCACCAGCAGGUCAUCGCACAUCCGUACGACGUCGAGGUGGCCAGGGCGCUCAACAGCGACAUCGACAUCAGCUUGGAGCUCGCAAAAAACCUCAAGGAGGCCAGCAUGUUUAGCUUCAAGAACGGUCUGCAGACACUCGUCAAGGGCCUACAGGACGCCAUGGAGAAGACGGGCAACAUCGAGAUCAAAGUCAACAGCCCUGUGGCCUCGUUCAAGAUGGCAGAAGGCCAGGAGCAGAAAGUUGAGAUCAUCGCAGGCUCUGACGCCAACAAAACCAUCGAAAACUACGACGUCGUCAUCUCGACCCUACGCAACGCCUCGCUCACACCAUACGUCACCGUCAUGACCGUCAACCUCUACUACGACAACCCCAACCUUCUCUCCGUCGAGGGCUUUGGCUACCUCAUUCCUCAAUCCGUUCCCUUCGAGCAGAACCCCGAGCGUGCGCUCGGCGUCAUCUUCGACAACAGCGCUCUCAAGGGCCAGGACACCGCUCCCGGCACCAAGCUCACAGUCAUGAUGGGUGGUCACUGGUGGAACGGCUUCGAAGGGUAUCCAGACGAGGAAGAGGGUCUUGAGAUGGCGAGGGCCGUGGUUGAAAGGCACCUUGGUAUCAAGGACACACCGAUUGCUCAUCAUGUUAACCUUAGCAAGGAUUGCAUUCCGCAGUAUACAGUAGGCUACGAAGAUCGUCUCAAGGAGUUUGCUGCCUCUCUUCAGGACGAGUUCAAGGGCCGCUUACGAGUCGUAGGAAACCAAUUCAAUGGUGUGGGCGUCAAUGACUGCAUCACCGGCGCAUGGAAUAUUGCGAGGGGUUUGCGGGGUGAUGGGUGGAAGAGCAGGAGUUGCGGACUGGACAGAGUGCUGGAUAGCAGGCCGUGGGUUGUAUUAAAUGCGUGCGACAUGGCAUACAAGAAAAGGGACAACUCGAAGUCGGACCCUUUCAAGUCGUAA